AUGGUUGUUGAUGUUACAGAAAUAAGAAGUCCUUUUGAUUUCAAGGGUUUGGAAUCCUUGCUCAAAAACCUUGAUGGGAAUUUCAAUGGUAUUAGCUUGGGAGCUAAUGGAAUGCCCAAUUUCCAACAACCGUUUGACUACAAGCAAUUCAAAUUCGGCCAGUCGAAUCCAACGUAUAUGAUCACUGAUGCUAGUGGCAAGCAGUUUGUAUUAAGAAGGAAACCGCUGCCCAAUAACAAAUUGGUUUCGAAAUCAGCCCAUGCAAUUGAACGGGAAUUUUUCAUGUUGUUCGGGAUCAAUGUGUGCAACAAAGAUGCCGCUCCCCAUCGAGUGGUUCCAGUUCCAGAGGUAUAUUUGUUGUGUGAGGAUGAAUCGCACAUUGGGUUCGUGUUCUAUUUGAUGGAGUAUAUCGAUGGAAGACAAAUCAAGAACCCAAGUAUGCCGGGCAUGAACCAGCAAGAUAGCCUGGCCCAUUGGCAAGCCAUUAUGCAAACAAUUACCGCAAUUCACUCAAUUGAUGCCAAUAAGCUUGUGAGGUGUCUUCCAGCCAAACAUUUUCCCCAAUUUCAACCUGAAAAGUUGGCGAAACCGCUGACUUCUUCUUACUUUCAGAGACAAAUCAGAACACUUUCUGCCGUGGCUGCUGGUCAAUCCAAGGUGGUGAAACCCAUUCCUCAUUUCGAGAAACUUUGUCAGUGGCUCUUGGAGAAUGCUCCAAAGGAUCCUCUGAAACUCACGUUGAUUCAUGGCGAUUUCAAAAUUGAUAAUGUCUUGUUCUACCCGAAUGAACCCAAGAUUGCUGCUGUUUUGGACUGGGAAUUGUGCACAUUUGGUCAUCCAUCGUUUGAUUUGGCCAACUUCUUGCAACCUUUCCAGCUUCCCAACCAGCUUAACCAGCUUCUUUACAAACCUGAUAAAAACUGA